AUGUCCGCAUCUAAUCGAAUCGAAAAUUCUAGGUAUUUCCCUGGUUUGCACUAUCCGAAAAUGGGCGCAUAUAUUGCCCGGAUGCAAAGUCAGCCGGAGAUUCGAUUUGCCAUGAGGCCGCUAUCGCAUCACAAGGCUUACGUCGACAGUUUCAAUGCUGGCAAUCCAAACUACGAUUACGGUAUCUACGGUACCAAAUAA